AAAAUAUAUAUUUCUUGCAAAUGGAAUAAAUAAGUUUUUUUGUGUCAUAAAUAUUCUAUAACUAGUAUAUCGUUUAACUUCAACUUACACGUCCAAGAGAUUAAUUUAAAAUAAUUAAAAUAUCCAAACUCACCAUACAUUACUUUCAAAGCUGUGAUAUUGAAAACGUUAAACGUUCUCUUCUCCAAAGAACAAUAUUUGUCUUAUAAAAUUUGAUUGAAAAGGCGCAACAAUAUGUCGCAGAAUCAAUCUUAUUUCUGGCAAACAACCAGACACAAUGUAUAUCUGAAACGGUCUGCUAAAUACCACUUGAUGAUGGCUCUAAUGGUGGUUCUAACAUUUUCAACAGUAUGUCUUGCAGAACAUGAACCGAAAUCUAAUGAUGAAACUGGAGUGUUACAAACGGAAGAAGAAACUAAAAUCCCGAUCAAUGCCGAAAGCCCACUGAAAUCCAACAACAUAAAUGAACAAAAUGUAGGCGAUUCACCAAUUGGACCGAAAAUUGAAACACCAAGUACCAAGGGCACUACAAGUGCAUCCAACCUUGGUUUCAUUCAUGCAUUCAUAGCAUCAAUUUCAGUCAUUUUAGUUAGUGAAUUAGGCGAUAAGACUUUUUUUAUUGCUGCCAUUAUGGCAAUGCGUCAUGCAAGGCUAACAGUUUUUGUUGGAGCUAUUGCCGCAUUGGGUCUUAUGACUGUACUCUCAGCAGUUUUUGGCAUGGCAGCAACUAUUAUUCCUAGGGUUUAUACAUACUACAUUUCAACAGCAUUAUUUGCUAUUUUCGGUUUAAAAAUGCUCAAAGAAGGUUAUUACAUGAAAGCUACCGACGCACAAGAAGAAUUGGAAGAAGUGCAAUCAGAUUUGAGGAAACGAGAAGAUGAGCUCAAGAGAAAAAUGCAUGGGGGCUACGAAGAAAAUGAUGUUACCAAAAAUAAGCGCAAAACCAGCAAUCCCGGAACUGCGAACUCCGACGCUAUUGGUACCCGACUUGCAUCAUCUAACACCGAAAUGCACCACCGCCAACGAAAACAAGCAACUUCGUCUUCGACAACAGGUAAUAACAAUAACAACGAAACUGAAAGUGACGAAGGUGGUGACGAAAAGUCUACUCAACGCCGUGCAAUUCUUCCCAUUUCGACAACAGCAACAAUAAAUAAUCUCAACGAUGGGAGUCCAUCUUUAUCUUCAUCGACAGUGGAAACAUCUGUCAAUACAAACAGCAACUGUGAUAUUAAGCCAUCGGGAAAUGGUAACGUUUUAUCUGACGACGACGGAAAAGUGCAUCGUGCUGCAUCGAUAACCGUUGUGGAUCCCGGUGUGCAUCAUUCAACUACCUCACGCUUCUCAGUGGACCUGAAUAAAACAAAUAGUAUUAGUAAUAAUAGCCUUAGCCAUGUUACAACUGCUGGUCAGUCUAAUGGCAAACUUAGCAAUGGCGAAAUCAAUGCAAAUGGAAUGGAACUCAAGCAACUUGGCAACAAAAAACGGCUGGAUCGUGAAGUGUCAUCAACUUUAGUUCAAGACCCCGAAAGUGGUGUUAUUCGAAAGAAUGCCAAAAGAUCCGGUGCCUAUAUGGCGUCAAGGAUAUUUAUGCAAGCUUUUACGAUGACCUUUUUGGCAGAAUGGGGCGACCGUUCUCAGCUGACCACAAUCAUUUUGGCAGCACGUGAAGAUGUCUACGGUGUUAUUGUAGGUGGAGUUCUUGGACACUCUAUGUGCACCGGUUUGGCUGUCAUUGGAGGACGGAUGAUUGCACAAAAGAUCUCUGUUCGAACUGUAACAAUAGUUGGUGGUAUCGUCUUUCUAAUGUUUGCCAUUACAUCACUUUUUAUGAGUCCCAACGAAGAUUAAAUUAAAAAAUUUAAUUUCCUUCAAAAUACCACAUUGACUUUGCAAAAAAAUUAGUACUUUUUUGUCAAAUUUAUUACAACUAAAAAAAAAAAAAAAAAAAAACAACAAAUCUUUCUGUAAAUAACUGUCAUAUAAUUUAUAUUAAAAAGUGCCUUCUUAAGUACAGUAAUUAUGCAUUUUGUUCUUCCAAAAAAAUUGGACAAGUUAAUUCUAAAAGUUUCAGAGAUUAUUUGCUUGAAUAAAUUUAAAUUCAAACUUUGCAAAGUCAAAAGUAAUAAAAUAAUAUUAUUUUUGUACAUUUUUUUAGAUUCAAAAAAACACCCAAAAAGUAUUUUAU